CUGGCAACAAUUCUCUUGUACUUUGUUUCAGUGUUAGAGUACUAUCAAUUGUAAUCUAUUGAAAUAAAACUAAAAUCACAUAAUGAAACUGCAUUUUAAACAUUGUUAAUGUAAGUCUUUUUCUUCGACUGAAUAUAAAUAAACUGGCAGCAAAAUGCCUCAAGAAGAAAAAAUUGAUAGUUAUGUAGCUAAAAUUUUGUCAAAGUACCAGUAUCCAGAUCGAGCAAAACGUGAUGUGCAUGCUGCCAUUCAUCAGUAUAAGAAUUUAAGGCCGAAGUUAGAUACUUAUGUUUUUAAUGAUGGAAGUAGACAAGAAUUAGCUUGCCUCGAUGGCACAAUUCCAGUGAUGUAUAAAGGCACAUACUAUCAUAUACCUGUGUGUGUAUGGCUUCUUGAUUCCUACCCUUAUAAUUCCCCUAUGUGUUAUGUAAAGCCUACUUCAGAUAUGCAAAUAAAAGCAUCUCGUCAUGUUGACACAAAUGGACGGAUAUAUUUGCCAUACUUACAUAAUUGGAAACCUGAUGCUUCAGAUUUACUUGGAGUUAUUCAAGUUAUGAUUAUUGUAUUUGGGGAACAACCACCUGUGUAUAGCAAACCAAAAAUUCAAAAUUCUACUCCCUAUACUUCUACCCCAUAUCCUACUGAUCCAGCAAGUUUCAUGCCUAUGCCAAAUGUUGCCACAACAUACCCUCCGUAUCCUCCUGUUCCAGGUGGUGGGCCUGUUCCAUACCCUGCUGUGUCAACAGCAUACCCUCCUUACUCUGGUGGCUAUCCUGCAGCCUCUGGCUUCAGUUAUGGUAGUUUUAAUGCUGCCACUGGAGGUAUGCCAUCAACAAACAGUUAUCCUGCUAACUCUGCCACCCCUCCUUAUCCAGCAACAACUGCAUCCAGUAUCACUCAGCAAAGGGGAAUGGGUACAAUUACUGAAGAGCAUAUUCAUGCUUCUCUUUUAUCAGCUGUUGAAGAUAAGCUGAAGAAACGCUUGCGGGAAGUUUUAGCUCAAUCCCAGGCGGAAAUAGAAGUUCUGAAAAAAACUGAGGAAGAUUUGAAUAAGGGCAAAUCAAAAUUAGAAGAUAUUAUUGCUCAGCUGCAACAAGAACAGAGUCAAAUGGAAAAGAACAUACAUAUUUUGAGAUCAAAAGAAGAAGAAAUAAAUGAGUUACUUGCAAAAGUGGAAAAUCAAGAGGAAGUAGAUAUUGAUGAAGCUGUUGUUGCUCCAGCUCCACUGUAUAAACAGCUUUUAAAUUCAUUUGCAGAAGAAAAUGCUACUGAAGAUGCUGUAUAUUAUCUGGGUGAGGCAUUAAGAAAAGGUGUGAUUAGUCUUGAUCUUUUCUUGAAGCAUGUUCGUGCCCUUUCGUGGAAGCAGUUUAUGCUGAAGGCACUAAUGCAGAAAUGUCGGGAGAAGGCCAACCUUCCUCACUGAUGGUAGAAGUUCCAACAACAGUAAAACUUCCAGGAAUUAUGAACUGUAAAAUAAAGGUUUCAAUUUUAUGUUCGAGGAAUUAAAGGCUUUACGCAGGAGUAAACAUAUUUCAUUUUAUUAGAACCUUGUAUAAUAUACAUUGUUUGACUGUAAUAAAUAUUUUAAUUUAAAUAAACCUGUUAUAAUAUUUCA